ACGUGCGUUGCCAACAUUUGACAUUGACUUACCAAUAUGAAUGUUGGUAUUUGUGCAUUUAACGUCAAGCUCAAGGUACAGCGGUCUGUGGUAGUAGAAGUAGAAUUACUCUGCAUUGAUUUUUGGUAAAAUGACGGAUUUAGAAGGCAAGAGAGAUGAAACAGAGACUGCGAAAAAAAUUGUCCAUACUUAUCCUUUAAUACGGAAUUCUGACAUGGUGGAAGAAAUGAAAGGAGAAGUAAUGGAACUGGUUGUCACAGCAUGUGAAAAACAUUCAACGAACAAUGAAAUGGCUGCUCGUAUGAUAAAGGAAACAAUGGAUAAGAAGUUUGGUCCAUCAUGGCACACUGUUGUGGGAGAAGGGUUUGGUUUUGAGAUUUCAUAUGAAUGUAACAAUUUGCUGUACAUGUUCUUUGGUGGAAACCUUGCUGUCUGCAUAUGGAAAUGUUCAUAGUUCCAUCUUCCCCUUAAAGCAGUUUACACUGUGAUGUAUAAACAUCAUGGUUUAAAUCGUUUUGGUACAAUGUGCUUUCAUUCAUGACAAACAGAUAGUAUUAAAUAACGCCAAAUAUAUUUACUUUUAAAAGCUUAAAAAUGUCAGGUGCAGUGCUCGUUGUGACGAAUUUUUGUAGUAUUUUUUGACAUUUGUUGUGUGAUUAUGUAGUCUAUCAGUAUUUGCAUUGUUACCAGUUUUGAGUUGAAAUUUUAUUUGUUCUAUAUUUCAUGUAACAUUUAAUUUAAUUUAUUGAUUGUUUAGCAUAGUUAUUGUAUAUAUUUGUUGAAAAUUAUUUAUUUUAUUUGGACCUUUUUUUAGUGGUUCUGUUGACGGUGGAAGGUGUAGUUCAGAACAGUUUACAAUUUCUGAUACUAGCAGUGAAAGUUUUAUCAGUAUCUAUUUUGAUGAUCUCCCCUCCCCACCCCUAUAUUUAUAAUUAUAUUUCUUACACAAUAGAAUUUGUUUCAGAGGAGCCGGUUUUGAUGUUUAUGUUAAUAUUUUAGUGACGUACUACUCAUUCAUAAAAUGUUGCUAAUAUUUAACAUUUAUUAUGACCUGCAAUUCAGGUUACAAAAAUUGGCCCACAGUUGUGGAAAUGGUAUAAGAAACAAGGCGUCUAAUGAAGAAUGAUAUGAAUAUAAUUUAUACAGCAGGGAUAAUAAUAAUACAUCAUUUAGUGUUAUGUAAGUUAGUAAACUUUAGAUUUUAGUGCCACUGCUUGGGAAAGUUCACAAACAUCGGCCAUCUGUACACCUGCAGAUGCUUAAGUGCCCUCGAGGGGUUUUGGUGUGUCCAUGGUAAUUGUAGAACAUUCAAAAGGAAUUUAAUGUGUUUAAUUUUUUAUUUGUGUGACUGUCACAGUCUCAUAUUUCUUUGAGGUACUUGGUAUAGCAAAUGCAAGAACACAGUCAUAGUCAAAAUACUUCACUUUGCAUUUUUUUUAAAAUUAAAUUCACAUGGUGCAUACUAUAAAUUUAUAAGCUCCUCAGAGUUGCCCCUCUCCCAAAAAAAGGUUGGUGAUCCCCAGCUUAGUAGCUGUGUAACGUCUAGUCAUCUCAUACUUUUUAUGUAUUAUAUUUUAAAAUUUGAAGCUUAAAUAUUUAUCAUAAAUCUAUACAAAAUGUUUCAAAAGAACAUGAACGCAUUCACAUAUUUCUCUUUAAUUCCAGGUUAAGCUUGUAUGCCAAAUAGUGGUGGCUAAAAUAACUAAUACACCUUUUUGAUUGGAAAAACAAAUGGAUCUGACAAAUGUUUUGUCUAGAAUUGUGAUGAUAAUCAUCAUUCUUACUUUCAUAAUUUGAUAUUUUUAAAUGUAGUUUGUUAUGUGUAUCAUAGUAUAUGAAGGUAGUUGUUUAUACUGUGGUAAUCAAAACUGUGUAUCUCAUGUAGGAUUUGAGGUUAUGGUGAUGAGUAUAAAAAAUGGCUGCCCUGCAUGAUUACAUGGCAUUACAGCCCAGAAGACAGCCAUCUUCAUUGUGUAUCUCACACAUGAAUCCAAAUGAGUUGUCUAUAUCAGGUAUCAUAAUUUAUCAAAAUUAUUUACAUUGAAUUUGGUGGAAACAAUGCUGUUCAGUGUUGAUUAUGGUAUUCUGGACUGCAGUGCUCUGAAUUCUUAUAUGUGGUUACCAUUGUUCCUUAGAAACAUAGGCAACUAUUUACAAGACUACACAUCAUUACAACCCAGAUGACCACAGCUGACAUAACCUGCAUGAAGAACUGAAAUUUCACACUCUUGGAUUUCAGACCAUUUCUGUGUUGCGUGUUGAAACAUUCUGUAUUAUUCUGUCUUGUCUCCUCUCUCUUUAUUUUUAAUUUUUAUAUACAUUGAUCUUUUCCAGGUCAGUAGGUUAUGUAAGGUUCAGUUACAUAUGAAACUACCUGCAAUAUUAUGGAGUAUACCAGAAGUAAAGUAUAUUUUGUGAUGUGUCACAUUUUGUGAGUGGAAUGCAGCUCUUUCUGGGUAAAAUAUAUUUGUAUCAAGUAGUAAACAGAAAAGCUUUUAUAUAAUACUC